GUGGUGAUGUAUCAUAGCAAAAAAGUUAAUUUUGAGGAUCCAUAUAAUUUAACAUUGGAGGUUGUUGAUAAUAGGCCGAUUGAGUUUGAGUAUGACCUUCGUCAGAUAUGUUUUGAUGAACUUCUUAAGGAGAUCGAUCAUUCCUUAGUUGCUGAGGUUUGGGAAGUUCAAUCAAUCGAGCAUAAAUCGAAUAUUGGACAGAAUAUAAACAGUUCAACACCAUCUUUACCUUCUUUUCCGGAUGUUGCUGAUUCGUGGAAUAUCAUGCUUAUUGAAGCUCCUGUACAAGCUGCAGCAAAAGCAAUUGGCCGUAAACAAUUGAUUAAAGGAACAUUGCUUGGGCUUGCCCGUAAAUGUGUAGAAGUAGUUAAUUACGAUGAUUUAAAUGAUUCAAAGAUUUUGAUGGAAACAUUUAAGGAAUGA